GAACCUUGAACCUACUUUAACAAGCUCUUUUCUAGCCAGCAGGGCACCUUUUCAUUCUGGAAACAAGAGUAUACUUAGAUGAUGAUAUACUAGAUCUACACAUUCAUGUCAUGUCAGAGUGCUUGUCCUCUGAUCAGCUUAUAUAUUAAUCAAAACUGUGAUAGUCUAGACCUACAAGCAGCAUUCUACUUUAUCAUUUGACUAGAUACCGGUAGAUUUUCUAUCUAUUAAAACCCAAUGGCCACUCAAGACUUCAAGACCUCAGCAGCCAAGGCUUUCCGUGAGCACUAUGACAAACUGGUGAAAUCCAUACAAGAAGCAGACCUGCCUAUGUUGGGAGCUCAGUUCUUCAGUCGACAGAUAAUUUCCACCGAGACAAUGGAAAUGGUUGGAAAUGCGUCCGCCUCGAGAGUUCUCAGGGUAUCCAAGUUGAUGCUAGCUGUGAUGGCUCACCUGGACGUACAUCCGGACAAGUUUGAGAGUGCCUUGGACGUCUUCAGAGAGGAGCUGGUGUAUGCUGAAAUCGCCAGUCUCAUUGCAUCGUCUAUUGGCAAGUACUCUACCGACUCUCAAUCCUCUUCCACCGUGCACAUGCCUCCACCCACAUCAACUAUUGGAAAAUAUGCAACUUACCUAAGAGAUGUGUACCUUCGAUCAAAGCUCCCCACCAAAGGAAAAUGGCCUCCUGCUCCUUGUAAAAAGAUCAUCAAGCUAGCUACUAUUGAAAUUGAAAAAGAUUGCUUUAAUUUAGCAUCGUGUAAGCUAAAUAGAUCCGAAUCGAUUGAUGAGUAUAUGCAAAACAAUAGCAUGAAUCCCAUUUCAAUGGAAGACCUUUUAACUGAAAAAGAUGGCUCACUACCAAGGGCCAUAAUCAUUCAAGGGGUCCCAGGAAUAGGCAAGUCGACUUUUGCAUGGAAGUUUUGUAGAAAGUGGGCCAAAGGGAAGAUUUAUCAGCAGUAUGAUCUGGUUGUUUUGUUGCGCAUGCGUGAUACAAGAGUGAGAGAAGCAACUAAACUCAGCAAUCUCUUCUUCUCAGAAGAUGCUGAUUUUUCCAAAGAAGUUGCAAGGUCAGCUGUUUCUAGUAGCGGAAAAGGCAUUCUCAUCCUGAUGGAAGGAAUAGACGAGCUUCCAGCUUCUUGUUUAGCUGAUGGCAUGCCUCUUUCUAACUUGCUUCAAGGUGAAUCUCUUCCCAAAGUUACCAUCAUAGUAACCAGUAGACCCUGGGCUGUGCAGACACUUGAGGAAAAGUGUGGCGAACAGAUUUCUCGACAGGUAGAAAUCUUAGGAUUCACGAGAGAUGACAUAUUGAGGUACAUUUCACAUGCUUUCACAGAGGAGGAAAAGACAGAGUUCAUGGAGUACCUCCGCUCCCACCCUCAGCUGGAGUCCAUCAUGCACAUACCACUGAAUGCCGCUUUUGUCGUUCAGAUCUACAAGCAAUUUCAUCGCUCUCGGCAAGUUAUCCCUAGCACGUUGACCCAGCUCUACACAGCUCUUGUUGAGGGCCUUUUGCUCCGCUACAUGAAGGUACAUGUAAAUCCCGAUCUUAACCAUGUCAGCGUUGUCUAUCUUAGUAGUUUGCCCGAACCAGUACAAACCGAUUUCCAUCAGCUUUGCCUACUAGCUUUCAUGAGCUUCACCAAGCUGACUGUUCAAGUCACGUUCACCAAUUCAGAAGCAGCUUUGUACGAGUGUUUUGAUUUCCUGGGUCUCAUGCAGUCCUCAACUGAACUCACCAUAAAUACUGGUACCACUGUAACCCACAGCUUCCUCCAUUUCACAAUCCAGGAGUUCCUAGCAGCUUACCAUCUCUCAAGACAACCAUCUCAAGUGCAAGAAUUGUUUUUGGAAGUUCACAGCAAAGAUCCACAAUUUUCUAUGCUUAUCACCUUUCUGGUUGGAUUAAACAACAGUGUUCUGCACUGUCUUCAGCUUCCAGACUCGGAUAUUCUAUAUCUCUCAACAUUUCACUUGCACUUGUUGUAUGAGACACAAUCCCCCAAGAAUGUAUGCAAGUUCUUGGGAAAUGAGACUGUGAGUUAUUGUCCUGCCCUAACAAGUACAUCACUUGACCUACAUGCCCUAGUGUAUUGUCUUCGCUCCAGCAAUUGCCGUUGGUAUCUAAACAUCAGUCUACAAAAUUUAUCAUCUCUCUUUUUCAAUCCCGAUGAGUUUUACCAGGGCCACAUAUGGGGACUAGUGAUUAGGGAUGCCUCUGUGGAUAACCUUAAAUUGUUCUUUUCCCUUCCCAAACAUAUCUUUUCCAUCUAUCGACUGAUAAUUACGGCAUGUGAACCUGUUGGUUCUGUUGUUCAAGAUAUUUUAUGUGAUGGCCGGCUAACGGAAUUGAAACAAUUUACAAUAACUUCAAAUGUGUCUUGUAAUGUAGCAUCAAUGUUUGAAAGUCUAUUUCCUUUUCACCCUAACCUUGUUCACAUUGGAAUCCAAACGACUGUCAUCUCAUCCUCUGAUAUGGUUGGAUUAUGUAAAUAUUUGAGUUCACGAUCUCAGUCUGAGUUUACAUUGUAUUUUACACAAAACAUUUUUGAGAAUGAGUCCCUUCAAUUACUGAUUAGCACCGUUGCUUUUUCGAAGUUUCUUACCCAUUUGGAGCUUUCUUUCAACAAUCUCUCAACAGAAGUAGUAGAAAUGCUUUCUGUUGCUCUUUCUACUAACUCAUCUUUAAAAACGUUAGGAAUUAAUAAUUGUUCAAUCGAUGGUGAAGCAGCUGAACUGCUGUCCAAUGGGCUGGAGGAAAAUCGAACUCUCCUUGGAUUGGAUCUUCGCUGUAAUCCCAUCAAUAUGAAUGGAGCUGCUGCUCUGGCUUCAAUGCUUGCAGUAAACACUUCAUUAAAAAUGCUUUGCCUUUCACACAACAAACAAAUUGGGCAUGUGGGAGCUCUAAGACUGAUCAGUGCACUACAAGAUGACAACAAGACUCUUGAAACACUUAGCCUCCCUGCAGAAUUUGAACCAAUUGAAUAUGGAUCGAUCUUGAUGGAUGAUGUACGAAAGAGUGAACGCAUCAAAUUUAUCGAGAAAAUAAGUUCAAAGUUGAACACAAUAGCACACAAUUUUACGUCAUCAGAUGUAUGGCCUUAUGAAUAGUUUGUUUUUGAUCGUUAUUUGAUCGUUAUUAGUGUCUCACUAACACCAAUGAAUAGUUUUUGAUGCUGUUAGUGUCUCACUAACACUAUGCAUUCAUUCUAAUUAUUUUGUGUUUACCAACUUUGUGCAAUGUUUGUGCUUUUAUACACACUAGUCACACUUAUAGUCAUGAAAUUACCUCUUUACGUAUUCUGUCUCAGUCAUUCACUGCUAAUUAUAAUCAUAAUUAUAGCAAUUUCAGCAGACAUUUUUAUUGCUGCGCGCAGCGCAAUAAACUGUUCCGAACCAUUCCACUAUAAAUAAUUAUACAUGUACGUAGAUUCACAUUAGUAAAAUCAGUGUUAUCAUAAUUAUAAAUCUGCCACUAUUAUAAUUAUUAAAAAUUGUUUCAACUUAA